ACAGCAGCGAGCGCACACAGCGCGUCUUGAAGAGGAAACCCCCACAGGAGCUCUCGCUGCCGGAUACCUGAGACAUCUCAAAUCAUCCCUCUGACCGACGAGCGCACGGCGCGCCAAGGAAUGCGCAGGAGCGACCGACUGUCCGCUGGACUAGGGCGCGCGGUCAUGGGUCCCUCUUCAGCACCUUUGAGUUUUUAAUGCAUUAUGAAGUCAUAGAGACCCCUGGAAAGCCUUUAAAUUCUCCUUAAGGCAGCGUCUGUAUUGGAAUAAACUAUCAGCUGAUGAAUUUCUCUGUUCGGAUGGAUGAUUUGGUCAGAUUCCUCAUUCAUCGUGAUGCGCGUUCAUUUCGUUUUCAAGUGUCUUAUUGACUGACCGCGGAUCAAUUUUUGGACGUUGGCUGACGGCUGGAGAGGAAGAUGACAGCUCUCAACCCAGUGCUGUUCCUUCUCUGCGGUGUCUCUGUGUCUCUGACUCUGAAGGUGGUGUCAAAGAGAGGCUCAGUGGACGGCUGCACUGAUUGGUCCGUGGACUAUCUGAAGUACCGGGUGUUACACGGAGAGCCGGUGCGGAUAAAGUGUGCUCUGUUUUAUGGUUAUAUCAGAGCCAACUACACCCAGGCACAGAGCAUUGGACUUAGUCUGAUGUGGUACCGGAGUUCUGGGCUGGGACAUGGCGAUUUUGAGGAGCCAAUCUCCUUUGAUGGGGUACGCAUGAGCAAAGAGGAAGACACCAUCUGGUUUCGGCCUGCUGAGCUGCAGGACGCCGGUCUGUACUCCUGCGUUCUGAGGAAUUCAACGUUUUGUAUGAAGGUGUCUAUGACUCUGUUGGUUGCCGAUAAUGACACUGCAGGAUGUUAUAACUCAAAACUGCGCUACACUGAGAAAGGAGAACUGGGCAAGAGUAAAGACAUCUCCUGUCCUGAUAUCCAGGAUUACGUUCAGUCUGGAGAAAAACCGCAGAUAACGUGGUACAAGGAGUGUAACGUGCAGCAGUGGAGGAGCAGCAUACUACAGACUGCAGACAUGCUUUCCAUACAGGAAGUAAGGGAGGAUGACAUCGGCAACUACACCUGUGAGCUAGUUUUCGGAGGAUUCCUGGUGCGAAGGACAACCUAUCUGAGCGUGACAGCUCCUCUGACUGAAGAGCCCCCCAGGAUUCUGUUUCCCUCUGAAAACAAGCUUCUCGCCAUGGAUGUGCAGCUCGGAAGCAUGCUGAACCUGACAUGCCGAGCUUUUUUUGGGUACAGUGGGGAUAUCAGUCCACUUGUUUACUGGAUGAAAGGAGAGAAGUUCAUUGAGGACAUGGACCAGAGUCGCAUUCGAGAGAGUGAAAUCAAGACCGUCAGAGAACACCUGGGUGAACAGGAAGUGUCCAUUACUCUGACCAUAGACUCACUGGAGGAGGUAGAUCUGGGUAAUUAUUCCUGUUAUGCGGAAAACGGCAAUGGGAGACGACAAGCCAAUGUACAGAUUGGGAAACGAGUGGAGCUGAUGUACACCGUUGAGUUGGCCGGUGGUCUGGGUGCGAUUCUUCUGCUGUUGGCAUUGUUAUUGUCUGUGUAUAAGUGCUACAGGAUUGAGCUGCUGCUCUGCUAUAGGCAUCACUUUGGUGGGGAGGAUACAGAUGGAGAAAAUAAAGAGUAUGAUGCAUACCUGUCCUAUAGUAAGGUGGAGCUGGAUCAGUGGGGUCAGGAAUUACAGGAGGAGGAGCGCUUUGCUCUGGAGAUUCUCCCUGAUGUCCUGGAGAAACAUUAUGGAUACAAACUCUUCAUCCCUGACCGAGAUCUCAUUCCUAGCAGCAGUAUGAGCAGUCAACAUUACCAGGAUGACACACAUCUUCUUAGAGCUUACAUAGAGGACGUGUCCCGCUGCGUAGACAUGAGUAAACGGCUGAUCAUCGUGCUGACCCCGAGCUACGUGCUGCGUCGCGGGUGGAGUAUAUUUGAGCUGGAGUCCCGUCUGCGCAACUCUCUGGUUUCAGGGGACGUUAAAGUGAUCUUAAUUGAGUGUGCCGAUCUGCGAGGAGUCAUUAACUACCAGGAAGUGGAGGAGUUAAAACAGUCCAUUAAAUGUCUGAGCGUGGUGCACUGGAACGGCCCGCAGAGCAACAAGCCCGGCUCGCGCUUCUGGAAGCAGCUCCGCUACACCAUGCCGUACCGCCGCCCCCAGCAAACCCUCACCAAUCACGCACUGGACGCCAGUGAACCCGGCCCCUUCGCCGACCUGCAGACCGUCUCAGCCAUCUCCAUGGCCACGGCCACGUCCGCCGCCUUGGCACCGGCUCACCCUGAGCUGCGCCCGUCCCUGCGGAGCUCGUACCGCUCGCACUCACUGGCACGGCAGAAACACUCGCACUACCGCAGCUACGACUACGAGCUGCCCUUCACGGCCGGAGGCACGCUGCCACCCCAGCACACCUACUGCAACCUGCCCCUCACCCUCCUGAAUGGCCAGCGACCCGUCAACAACAAGACCCUACGCCAACACAGCCUGGACGAGCACCACGGCAACAACGCCAUGCUCCCGCUGCUGCCCAGAGAGACGAGCAUCUCCAGCGUCAUCUGGUAAAGACAGAGGAAGUGAAACGUACUCAGUAUGGGCCACCUGGCACAAGGAGGACUAAAUAAGCUGGCAUACAGCACAGGACACAAUGAGGUUAGUGGGUUCCUGUGAGCAAAAUGAUCGUUCUGACCACGCUAAGUGGGUCUGAGGAUGUAGGUCUUUAUUUGGGCAUUGCUCCAGUGGCGAGGGACGACGUAGUGCCGUAUCUGUAGGCGUGAACUGAGCAUAUAAAGUCACACCACACGGAGGUAUACAGGGUCUCGUGUAGAUGUUAGCGUUAUAUUUGUAGCAACGCUGUCUCCAUGUUCGGUUUGAUCACGCCAUCUAUUUUUACUUGUUAAUGCUUGAUGCUUUUGUUUUGUCCCUUUUUCCUCUUUUUUUAGGUUUGACAUGGACAUUUGAUUGAGAUUUUGUUUGGGGUUUUUUUCUACCUUCUUUCGAAAUGGACUGAAAUAUUCCUCGUUUGAUUUUAGCUACUGUCGUUUUGCUCGGAAGCUACUGCGUUUUGUUCCGUCCUUCUUUCUGUUGUCCAAUGUAAGGUAUGUAUUUAUGGUUUUAAUUGCAAAAUUUUCAAGAAGGAAAUAUAUUACAAAUUAUGCAAAAUAUACGAAAGCCUAAAGGGGUCGACAGAGGUGAUCAGAGAGCGGUGCUGUCUUCUUUUACAAGAGGAACAGCAUCAUUUCUCAAAUAUUAAGGGGAUUUUAAAAGACGAGAAAUCUAUUUUUAUAUCUGAAGAGUGCUGUUUCUCUCUAAUACCACAGGGUCAUUGGGACAAUGGGACUGAAGACUCUCUUAUUUGUGAAUUUGGGUAUUUUAUACAGUUUGCUACAUUGUUCUCAUCUGUGGAGAAAAGUAAAUGUUUUAUGUUAACUUCUGAAACAAUAAUCAGCUGCAUUUUUCUUUGUAUUUUUUUAUUUAUGUUCAUAGUCUAGGACUUUUGAUCCACAGACAGAGCUUUUCUUUCACAUUUCUAAUCCGUUUAACUCUCAGUCUGAUGUCUAACUCACUGGUUACAUGCUUGUCUUUUUCUCCUCUAGCUGCUGUGUAACUCAGAUACAUGCUGGCAUGUUUCACAGAGGGACACGGGCCUGUAUACUCGCACUCUAGUAUAGGGUAUCAAAUAAUCUCAGCUUGAAUACAUACCAUAUGAUUUAAUAAAUGCCCAAAGUCAACAUGUAUUUGUUGUAUGUUGUCUAGAGGUUUUACUGAUCUAGGGUUUUCACUUAUGGCAGCAUGUACUGAUGACUCUAAGGGGGAAAAACACAAAGCUAGAAUCAGAAUCAAAAACUGGUUUGACAGUAAAAAGAGGUCUAACUGUAAAAAAAAAAAUCUGAAACUAUUCCUGUAAUUUCUUUUCUCCUAUUUUUCCUUUGAUUUUUUUUUUUUUUCAAAAUUCAGUUGCAAAAGAAAGUUGUUUAUAAAAAAAUAAUUAGAAUUAUGUAUGAAUGUUCACCUCUUGAGUAUGCAUAGAGACUAGAUGUGUAUCCUGAUUUGAAUAUUUACUGUAUUAUGAACAACAGCUAUCACAGAGAGAUGUGUGAUCUCUCCAGAGGCACAAUCAUUUUUCUUUUUAUAUUGUUUCUCACUGUGUACAGUAAAGUCACAAACCACUAUAAGCUGGUCGGUGCAAUUUUGUGUGUGUGUGUGUGUGUGUGUGUGUGUGUGUGUGUGUUUGAAAAAGUAAAAAUGCAGGAAGUGUUAUGUGAUGGAUAGGUUUAGGGGUAUGGUUAGGGUUAGGGGACAGUUUGUACAGUAUAAAAAUCAUUGUUUAUUGAAAGUUCCCAAACAUGAAAAAAAUGUGUGUGUGUGUGCUUGUCUGUGUAUGCAUGUGUGCGUUCUAGGUGAGUUGCUAAAACUGAAUAUCCCAAUUAUGCUUUUGAACAAAAUGCUAAAUACUGGAUACUACAGUUGAAUAGGCAAAAAAUAAUUUAAUAUCAUAUAUGCAUAUGAAUGGACCUCUUUAAAUAAAAGAAAAUUGAGAUCUAAUAUAUGCACAUAUUUCUGUAUUACUACAAACUAGGGGUGUAACGUACACAAAAAUGACGGUUUGGUACGUACCUCGGUAUUGAAGUCACAGUUCUUUACGGAUUCUUACAGCAGGAGGGAGAAAACUAAACAUAACAUUGCUUUUUUUCUUUUUUAUUAAACAGUGGUUUACUAAACAAAUUGUGUCUCUGUCUUCAAAUAAAUUCAAUUAUAAUUAAUUUUCUUAAAGAUGACUAUAUAUAGGGAGCACUUUCAUAUUACUAUAAUAUUAAAGGUACAAUUAACAACAGAAUUAACUUAAGUUAAUUUUUAGAUGGUGAUGGCCGAUUUCAAAACACUGCUUCAGGAAGCUUCGGAGCGUAAUGAAUCAGCGUGUCGAAUCAUGAACCGCCAAACUGCUGAAAUCACGUGACUUUGGCGCUCCGAACCGCUGAUUCGACACGCUGAUUCAUUACGCUCCGAAGCUUCCUGAAGCAGUGUUUUGAAAUCGGCCAUCACUAUAUAAGUCGUUUUUUUUUUUUUUUUGGUGCACCAAAAAUAUUCUCGUCGCUUUAUAAUAUUAAUAUUGAACCACUGUACUCACAUGAACUGAUUUAAAUAUGUUUUUAGUACAUUAAUGGAUCUUGAGAGAGGAAAUGUCAUUGCUGUCUAUGCAGGCCUCACUGAGCCAUAGGAUUUCAACAAAAAUAUCUUAAUUUGUGUUCUGAAGAUUAACGAAGGUCUUACAUGUGUGGAGCGGCAUGAGGGUGAGUAAUAAAUGACAUUAUUUUCAUUUUUGGGUGAACUAACCCUUUAACUUCUAAAUCUGUUUCUACUCCAAUUCGAUGUUAAAAUAUAUUCAUUUACACAGUAGCCGUCAUAACUUGUUUUCAUGACCGAUUUAUUUAAACAUACAUUAAACUUAUAGGCUACAUUAAAUAAUCAAGACAGGUCAAGUAAAAUAUAAUGAAUAUAUAGGCUAAUAUAGUGCAUAUAUGUAGCAAAAUAGUUAAUUUCUCUAGCGAACUAACUAGCUGUGGACACUGAAUGGCUUUUCUGAGGUAAAUGCCACGUGACAUUGUUUACAAGCUGUUUCAUUAGGUGUGUUCGACAUCGGCUGCAGCUGGAUGUAACCGAUCAAGAAUAAAGUUCAACAUAAGCAUAUAUUAUUUGAAUACCAAUGUAGUGGGGUCUACGUUUUUUAUCAGUUUUAUUUUGUUAAACAUGAGACAAUAUAACAUCGCGACUACAUGAAAAGAGCUUUAACUGUUAUAAAAACAGAUUUUUGAGCAUUAGUGAAACUAUAGGCGUGAAAUUAAACAUGAAACACGUGAUCGUUGUCAUGAGGUGAAUCCAGCCAAUCGUGGAACAGCUGUGUCGUCAUCAGCGCUCGUGCAGCUCCUCUUGAGAAACUGCACUGGCUAACUCAGGCUAAUGCACAUGCCACACGUUAGUCACAUGGCGUCGGCGCUGUCUCAAGUUGGACAACAUUUCUUACCGCACUGCUUCAAGUCAGCUGCCAAUCGGUCUGUACGGCGCUGCAUCAAGUCGAACAAGCCUAUAAAUUUCUUUCCAUGGUUGAAACACUGAUUGAGCGAUUACACAAGAUACGUUUCAGUAAGUUGUACUGUAUCUUUAAACAUACCUUCAGAUGUUCAUUUAAGUUUAUUCUGUAACUAGUAUUAAAGAGGAAGAGAUGGUCGCGCUCACUCGCGCUCCCACUUGAAAUGAGGCGGUUGUACAGUGAUCUGUCACGCCACAUCAAAGAGCGACAAAACGGCAUUUAUUGUUUGAAUUUCAUGAUGAAAUGGACAGAAUUUGAGGGAUGAGACUUUGUUUCUUAUCUAAAGUAACAAAACAGAACUUUUUGCGAUUAUUGGUGGUUAAUGGUGGUUAAAAGUGGUUAAUGGGCUAUACAACUCAUGUACCAAACCGAAAGACGUGUACUGUGACGUGUACCGUUAUACCCCUACUACAAACAGACUAUGAACAUAAAAAUGAUCCUUAAAAUAGUAAAGUAACAUCACAAAAGCAAAAUUAAAUGGAAUAACUUGAUUACUACCAAUGGUAACACUACAGUAACGUUCAAUUCAUUAGUUAAUGUAUUGGGUAUCAUGAACUAACAAUGAACAAUACUUUAUAGCAUUUGUUAUCUAGGUUAUUAUUAAUUUAUAAACGUACUGUUAUUCACUGUUAAUAGGCUACAUAUUAGUUCUUAACUAAUGUUAAUUUAUACAACUUGAAAUAUCAAAAAUGUAUUAUAUAGGCCUAUUCAUUUACAUUAGCAGUUUCUGACAUCUAAUGCAUUAACAUAUUGAACCUUACUGUAAAGUUUUACCAGGAUUUAUAUACAUUUUUUGUCCAUAACAUGAAAUGGUGUUUGUUGUUUUGGCAUAUUAGAUGUAGUCAGUGUUGCUCUGAAAGUUAAGUUUACUGUCUAUUACAGUACAUGGUGACCUGCUUCACAUCCUGUGCUGCCAGCUUGAGCGUAACUUUCUAAUCACGGCUCCUUCUUCUUGGUGAUAUUAAUGUGUAGGGAGCUGUUAUCAAACCAGAAGAGACGGCUGUCAACAUACUGGAAAUAGACUAUUUACAUCAUUCUGGCAAGCGACCGAAGCUGUAUCAUCAGCAUACUUGAAAGGAGCAGGUCACUGCUGUUACAUUUCACUUCACUGCUAUUAACAUGAUAUAACAGGAGAGAUACAGUAGCACACAUCCCUGAGGAACGCCAGUCGGAUGAGGGGCUGUUCAUACGGAUUUGCUGAAGCAGCGCUUUGAUGCAAAGGACCGACCUGCUGUUGACAUUUACAUCACGCAGUAGGUAUUUUGGGGUGUGACUGUAUUAAAGGAAUUUUGUUCAAAUGCUGCUGGAUUUUAUCCAGCAUAUGUUAGCUCGAUAAGCAAAUUGCAUGGUGUCCAUAAAUUCACCUUUUUGAGAUGAAAAUUCUUUACAUAUACUGUAGAUGCUCUAUGCAUUUGAGGAGUAGGCCUACUAAUGUACCAUCAAUGGGUCAAACAGCAUUAAAGGAUUUUGCACAUGGAGAUUUUGGUACAGAGAAAUGAGUGAUGUCCUUCCAGGUCAGGGUUAUAACUUUUUUUUUUGUAAAACAUUUGAGUAAAAACAGAUCCCAAUUGUGCAGCACUCCUUUAAAAUAUUCCCCUUCAGCCCAUCCUGAUCCUAAAACUUUCAAACCUAAGCUUUAAAAACGACUUACAGUAAAACAUCUACCAGACAAAAAAAAAAAAGUUAAUAAAUUUCAAUGUUUUUUUUGUUUAUAGUUUAUUCCAAAAGGUUUAUGUAUAAUUGUAACUUAUAAAAUUUAAGACAUUUGUUUUGCAAAGACCCCACUUGUUCUUAUGUAUAUAAUAUUUUCUUAAUAAAAUAAAUAGGCUAAUUGCAUUGUGUUGUUCUUAUUCCAAAAUGUCAUUCUGUAAAUAAAAAGUACAAUUUUCUACACACCCCAGUUUUCUGUUACUAUAGAUCUCUAAAUCCAUCUGAAUUAGUACAAUGACAAAACUAAUGCAAAAUUGUUUAUUUUUCAUUUCCUAUUUUAGUUAUUUUCUAAAUCGCGGGAUGGACCAAUCACAGUCUCGUUGUGAUUACUAGAUAAUUACUGGGCAGACUUUCGGUUUUAUGUCCAUUUUUUGGAAUGAAUAUACACGUUUUAAUGUACACAUAGGCUAUAAAAUGUAUUUGAGAUUUUCAGGCGGCUUAAAGCGCCCCCUUGUGGAGACAGGGAUAGCUGCAGGUCGGAGUAAUGGGCGUGCCGAAAGGUGAACUGCUAAACCCUAACCCUACCCCACACCCUAACAGGCAGCGUUCAGCACACCCCUACCUUAGUUUCGUAACGCCUAUUACUCUGACCCGCAGAUACCCACACUUGGCCUUGAGGACGACGUGUGUGAUUCAUACGGUGUACAGUAGACGGCGAUAAUGCACAACUUGUGUAACGAACCACCGUGAAACAAAAGAGAAGAAGAGGAGGCAGCCCCGUUCAAAUCCUGGCACAGGAAUCUCCGCUGAAAGAUGUAAAUGGAUGUAGGCUGUGUGAUCAGUGUUUCAAUCUAUCCAGAUGUAAUAAAUACAGACUGUUUCACGGAAAUAAGCUUGCGACAAAGCGGAUUAUACGGUUGUUAUGGAGGAAUUUGUUGGCAAACUUCAGGACACGACUCUGGCUGGCCAUCUGUGGCUCGUGUAAAACUGUUAUUGAGGUAUGGGCGCGUGUCCAAAGACGCAUAACGAAUUAAAAUACUCAUUCAGGAUAUGUAGGAGAAGACCAGAGAGAAGCGCUGUGCAACUUCAAUUCCAAGACUAGGGGUGAAGAGACGACGAGAACUGAUGAACACAGCAGCAUAUGAUGAUGACAACAACACCACUGCAUCCACCUCACUACAUUCCACUGACACAAAGGAAAAACUCAUCAAACAUCAAACUCUUUACAGGAGAAACUAAGAAUAUUUGAGGAGUUUCAACAGACUUUGCAUCAAACUGCAAAAACAUAUUAAGUUUCAGGCCCAACACAUAGAGAGGCAGAUUAAAGAGAAGUUUGAGAAACUCCAGUUUCUACGUGUUGAAGAAUCAGUAAGGACAACAAAACUGAGGAAGGAAGAACAGCUGAAGAGUCAGAUGGUGAAUGAGAAGAUUGAGAGUUUCCCAGUGUAGACCGCCGGAUCCAGAGAACAUUUCCGGAGUGCUGGUCAAUGUGUCAAAACACCUGAGCAACCUGAAGUUUACUGUGUUACAGAAGAUGCAGAAAACUGUUGAAUACACUCCUGAGACCUUUGACCCCAACACUGCUCACUGUAAUCUCAUCCUGUCUGAUGAUCUGACCAGUGUGAGAUACAGCGAUGAGGAACAGACACUUCCUGAUAAUCCAGAGAGAUUCGACAUGUUUGCGUGUGUUCUUGGCUCAGAGGGCUUUGACUCAGGAUCUCACUGCUGGGAUGUUGAGGUCGGAGACAGUACAGGCUGGUUCCUCGGAGUGAUGAAUGAAUCCGCUCAGAGGAGGAAUAAAAUAUUCUCAAAGAGUGGAAUCUGGUUGGUGGGGCAUUUCUGUGGUGAAUAUAAAGCACAUGUUCCACCACAAUCACCAACUCUCCUCCCGGUGAAAGAGAAACUGCAGAGGAUCAAGAGUUCAUCUGGACUGGGACAGUGGAAAGCUGUCGUUCUCUGACCCUCUUACUGACACACACAUACACUCUUUUACACACACAUUUACUGAAAGAUUAUUUCUAUGUUUUGGUGUUGGUUGUAACAUUUCACCUUUGGUUAUCUUGCCAGUAAAUUCGUUUUGCUAAAAUCUCA